AAAUCCAACUGCUCAAUUCCAUUCAUCCUCGAGAGGGAACAAAAAAGUGGCUAUUUAUUAGAAUACUUGUUUUGUAUUGUUCCGCGUCACACAAAAGAGGCUUUAUUAUUGUGUAGUGAGUGGUGGGACUGGGAGCUGGGUAUGACUGGCCUUGGCACACUAAGUGUAGGUUUUAGCAAGGAUGGCGGUCUGGCGAGUGGCUUUGGCUGGGUUAGGACAGCGAUAGAACCGUUUUAUACUCACAGACAUUCAGCAUGCAGUGGACUGUAUAUCAACAUAGCUGACAAGUAGUUGGCUACCCUUUACACACAAAGAUUUGGCAAGACGUCACGAGGGGAGCAUUGGAGCUAUUACAGUUAUUAUAAAGAAUUAGAUCGUAUCUUGUAAUGUCAUCUAAAUGGAUAAAAUUUACCAUUUGUCCUCUUGUUCAUUUAUUGCAACCAUUGAAGAGGCUCAAACUGCCACCUCAGUAUUUACUUUACUUUAGAGGGGGCGGUGUUGACCCUCUGUGCACCCCGCCUACUAGUUCUUUCCUCGUUGUCGACGUCACUCGACCAAACUCCAUGCAAGUUGCUCCUCACUGGAACGCCAUUGGCUACUCGCUCAUUUUAAUCGCUGUCAAAACGCAUCAUAUGGCCGCCGCUUUAACUAACUCUUCAACUCCACUAGGAAAAGUAACUCAAAUGCACGUUCAAUUAAUGUGGAUGUGAAACGGCAGUCGGACACGACACUAAACAGGCUACGGGAGCAAAAGAGACCCCGAGACAAACGGCGAACGGUUGGGAAUAAACUGAAUUCCACAUUUCACCGGAGCUCCACUGGCUUGUGAGGCACCUGCUUCAAGUGCGGACUACAGAGCGCCGAAAGUUUCAUGCUUUUUCUCUGCUAGCGGAGAACUUAAGCCACUUGAAUGUAUAGCAUGAUGAUGGAAACGGACCUUCAUUCCCCGGGACCACAAACCAACACGAAUCCGGGGCAAACGGGUCCAAACUCGGGGAGCAAAGCCAACCAAGACCGCGUAAAGAGACCCAUGAACGCUUUUAUGGUCUGGUCCCGGGGCCAGCGGCGAAAAAUGGCUCAGGAGAACCCCAAAAUGCACAACUCUGAAAUUAGCAAAAGACUCGGUGCUGAGUGGAAGGUGAUGUCAGAGGCUGAAAAGCGGCCCUUUAUUGAUGAGGCGAAGCGGUUGCGCGCCAUGCACAUGAAGGAGCAUCCGGAUUACAAAUACAGACCGAGGCGCAAAACCAAGACCCUGCUUAAAAAGGACAAAUACUCGUUGGCUGGCGGCUUGCUCGGCGGCGCGGGAGGCGGAGUCGGGAUGAGUCCUGCAGGGGUCGGCCAGAGGUUGGAGAGUCCUGGGGGUCACGGAGGCUCGGCCGGUGGCUACGCGCACAUGAACGGCUGGGCAAACGGCGCUUACUCCGGCCAAGUGGCCGCCGCGGCAGCAGCGGCUGCGAUGAUGCAGGAGGCGCAGCUCGCUUACAGCCAGCACCCAGGCAGUGGGUCUCACCAUCACCACGCUCAUCACCAUCACCCGCACAACCCUCAGCCCAUGCACCGCUACGAUAUGAGUGCCCUCCAGUACAGCCCCAUCUCGAACUCCCAGAGCUAUAUGAGCGCUUCUCCAUCCGGCUAUGGUGGGAUAUCAUACACGCAGCAUCAAAACUCCAGCGUCGCUUCUUCUGCCGCCAUCGGUACGCUGAGCUCGCUCGUCAAGUCCGAACCCAAUAUAAGCCCUCCGGUCAGCACACACUCCCGAGGCCCCUGCACCGGAGACUUGAGAGAAAUGAUUAGCAUGUAUUUACCAACCGGCGAGUCCGGAGAUCCGUCUGUGCAGAGCAGACUGCAUGCCUUACCGCAGCACUAUCAGAGCACAACUGCCGGAGUAAACGGAACUGUCCCACUGACGCAUAUUUGAAAGAGCUGAUGGAAAGUGAUGGGUAACGCGCAUUCAGAAACACUCCACCAAAAAUAUUUACCUCUUUUUUUUCUUUUCUUUUUUAGAUUGUCAUUGAACUAAUUUUGUACAGAAUGUUUUAUGAUGUUCAUGUAAAUUAAAGGAAAAUAUUGUUUUGAUUGCAGUUCGAAUAGAAACUGGGAUCUUAUCAAAUGUAUCACUUUCAGUGAAACAUUGUUUAAAUAUGACGUCUUUAAAAGUGAUUCUGACAGCGUUUCUGGCCACGCCAAGAAAUAUGCGACAUACUGUUAUUCUUUAAAUAUUUAAGUUUCUGUGCAAAUUGACUUUUGAGAUGAUAAUAACAAAAGUCUAGCGUGAAUAACUCAAUGAAGUGUUUUUGAAAGCCCAUUAAGAGUUUCCUGCUUAUUACAUUUACCAAAACGUUUGUACACGUGAAUUAAUGUACCAGAUUUAUGUUGUAAUAUUUCUUGUAAAUUGUGAAUAAGUUUUAAUAUUUCAAAAGACUGGCACGUCACUGCUGCUGUACAUAAUUUAUGACAUGCAUUUCUGCCAGUUCAAAUCUUAACCUUGCGUUGAUUCAUGGUCUAAAUAAAAUUGGAGAAAAACUUA